UAAGACGAGGCGGAGAGACAGAGCGAGCCGCUGGUGUUGACGCUGGCCGGAUGGUUAAAUCUAACCUACAGACGAUUUUGAAUAGUCAUUGUUUUGUUAGAGAAAAAGAGAGAAACUUAUCCGAGAUGCCUGUUAUUGAGCAAUCCAGUAAUAAAUCCGCGCGUGAAAGCAUCUCCAGCCCGAGGAGGUGCUCCCGCUGUUGCAGUAACCCGUGUCCGGGGCCUCUGUGGUGCUCCGAUGACCCUCACCCACCCCUGAAGAUCCCAGGUGGGCGAGGGAAUGACCAACGGGAUCGCAAUCUUUCAGCUAAGCUGUUCUAUUCUGACACUCAGCUGCUGGUUCUCGAGGAGCCGCCGCCCGCCAGCGGCAGAGUGCGCUUCUUGCUCUUUGAGCCGCGGCGCUCCGAGGGCGCGCACUGCGUCUGGAGGGCGGCGCUGAAAGGAGGAAACCUUUACGUCGAAAUCCCUCCCGGAGCUUUGCCCGAGGGCAGCAAAGACAGUUUUGCCCUCCUGCUGGAGUUUGCAGAAGUGCAGCUGCAGGCCGGUCACGUGUUCAUCUGCUUCCACAAAAAACGUGACGACAGAGCAUCCCUGCUCCGUACAUUCAGUUUCCUGGGCUUUGAGAUUGUGAGACCGGGCCAUCCCCUCGUCCCCACCCGCCCCGACGCUUUCUUCAUGGCUUAUAGCAUCGAGCGAGACUCCUCCUCCGACGACGACGAGUAGACGGCGCCGAGCGGCCGCAAAAGUUGCUCUCCUUUCAAUCCACACCCACGCGACAUUCAUGAUCUUUGAGAAGUGAAUAUACUAUCCGAGUUCAGUAUGGUUGUGGUCUUCCUUUUUGUUGGUUCUCCCUGUAGCUCCCCCGUGCCGUGUUUCAAUGAUAUUUGCACUAGGGUAAUGUUAAUUACCAGGAAUAUAGAGCAAGCGCCCACUUAAUAUCUGGGCCUUAUGUCCUCGCCACUGUAUUACUCUUCAUGAUGUGUAGCGCUGACCUCCGAUUCUCCCCCCCCCCCCACGGUCACCUCCACACUGUAAUAUUUAUGAUGCAUUUUAAUUCAUCUUACUCGCGUAAGUCGAUAUGUUUUCAUAGUAUCAGUUGAUCCUCCUGUUUAAUUGUUUUUACUUUAUUUAGUAUUUUAUUAUGGGCAUGGUUUUCAUUUGUUGCGAUGAUUCACUUGAUAUAAAUCUGCAUGUAGUAACUGCUAAAUAAAAGUGCACCUAAAGUGAA